CCCCUCUCUCUCCUUCUGCUGACCGUUUUAUUAUGCAAACUCUACUAUCGCCGGUGACACGCGCCGCCUACUUCACGGCGGCGCCACCUACAGCUGUCACGACUCGGCCCUUAGUGUAUCACGUUCCUCUUCGAUCAAUCUCCGACCGCCACGUGCCCAGCCUCACUCUCUCUUCUUCGUUUUCUUCUUCGUAUGCUGCUCCCACCCACAGAGGACCAAAGCUCUCCAUCAGCACCAUCAGGGCAUCUUCCCCUCCAAAUUCUCAGAACUUCACCUCCCCAAACGACGAAACUGAAAAGGCCAAGCUCCUUCAGGUGGCCAAAAGGUUAGAGAGCACAGCAAGGUAUUUCAAGAGGUUGGGCAGUUUAGGGUUUUGGGGGCAGCUGGUCAGCACUGUUGUGGCGGCCGUGAUUCUUUCGUUUUCGGUUGUUAUAACCGGCAAGGUUUCGUCACCACCUACUUUUUAUGCCACUGCCGGUGGGAUUGUGGCGGGAUUCAUCUCUGUGUUUUGGUCAUUUGGGUACAUUCGCCUCUCGGAUAAGCUUCGAAGAACUGCAAGUGACCCUGCAAAGGCUCCUCCACGCGCUGAUGUUAUAAAAAGCUUAAAGAAUGGCAUUGUUCUGAACAUUUUGGGUAUGGGUGCUGCUGUUCUUGGCAUGCAAGCAACGGUAGGACUGUUGGUUGCUAAGGCUCUUACUUCCUCUGCAAAUCCAUAUCAGGGUCUCACUCCAGGUUACAGUCCUGUUCUUGCCUUGGAUGUAUUCUUGGUGCAGGCAUCGGCAAACACUAUCCUUUCUCACUUCCUGGGACUUCUCUUCUCCCUAGAGCUGUUGCGCUCAGUAACGUUGCCACCUUCUGAAGGCAUUCCCAUUCCCAGAUUUGCAUAAAUACUGCCCUACCUUUUUCCAAAGCAUUGAAGCCGUGAUUCUUUUUUAAGUGUUUUUGCUUCUUUACGAUGUUAUAAGACAAAUGCGUUUCUGUAUUACAUUCGUAGGCUUUGCUGCCUCUUUCCAAUUGUAUUAUACUUGGAACUUCUAACACAAAAAUGAGAUUUGCUCUAUCCAA